CCCUAAUAUCUCAUUCCACAUCGCAUUGUUCCCCAACCAACUUCUAUUCCCAUCCAUGCAUUCGUUCAAGUUGAAGCUGCGUCAUUCACACUACGCGUGCACGUAGCCAAUUCAAACGAGUGCCCAUGGCAGGGCAGCGGGCCUCACAAAUCAACAACGGCAUCAUCACCACCACCGACAUCAUUGUCGACAACGAUGUUCUCUCACCGCCACCAUCAUUGCCACCACCACCAGGCCGUGCCCGCUAUGACAACAUGUACAUCGUUCAAUUCCCAAAAGAUCAAGUCUACCGUGUUCCACCCAGCGAGAAUGCAUUGAUCGUUGAACGUUACCGUAACGUUCCAAAAACCACCGAUGUAACAAGUCGAAAUUUUUGUUGCUGUUGUUCCCUUCGUUUCUGGCUCACAAUUGCUAUAAUCCUCGUUACAAUCUUUGCCAUUGUUGGAAUAGCCAUAGCCAUCUUGUUCUUCAUUUUCAACCCAUCCGGACCCACUUUCGCUGUCAACCAUAUGGAUUUCAAAAACGUUACCGGGCCACCGGAUUAUGAAAUAUCUUUGAGGGCAAAGAACCCUAAUCACAGGUUGGGAAUGAUUUACGAAAGUUCCGAGGUUUCUUUGAUUUACGAGGACAUUGAGGUUGGCACAGGAAAAUUUCCAAUCUUGUUGGAACAAGGGAGACAUGCUAUGACACAGUUUAAGGUUGAUGUAACGGGAAAGCGCCCAUUACCCAAGAAAAUGAAGACCACAGGCUUGGAUUUUGAAUUGGAUACGAAUCUUUGUGUGAGGAUUACGGCUUUGAAACUGAGCACGUGGAUUAUGAACGCUAAUGUUGUUUGUAAGUUUAAGGUUAACAACCUUGGGAGCGAUACGAGAAUCUUGUCGCAACAAUGUGACACAAAUUUCAGACAAUAUUGAUGGUUUAAUUGUUAGGGUAUAUGGGGUUUGGGAUCAAUGUGUUAUUGUUGAAAAAGUUAUUUGAUGAUGAGAAAAUAAAUAUAUACAUGGUAGAAACAUCAGUUACACUAUAAA